UAUAGAAACAUGGGGUAAACCCACAUGGCACUGCAGUCUUCCUUUGCGGAUCUCAUCGCCCCCAUCGUGAGUAUCGCAUCUCUUUACAGAGCGAGAUAACAAGACCCCGUCCACGAUGUUUCACGCACCGCACUUCAACUGGUACGGCCGUGGCUUCAAACUUCGCGCCGCUAUAACAAUAGCCUGCCAACUCGCUUUCGUCCUCUUCGGCUACGACCAAGGCGUCUUCAGCGGCAUCGUCGGCAACGAAAACUUUCUAAAUACUUUCGAUCACCCCUCCCCCGGUCUCGAAGGCAUUAUCGUGUCGAUAUACAAUCUCGGUUGUUUCACAGGAUGUAUUCUCAGCUUCAUGUUUUGCGAGAAGACAGGAAGGAGGCUGGCUAUGUGGAUUGCUAUGGUUUGGAUCAUCGUCGGUGGCGCACUGCAAGCGAGCGCGUAUUCAGUGCCGCAUAUGAUGGUCGCAAGGUUCUUGACGGGAAUUGGUACUGGCAUCGAGACGUCGACUGUGCCUAUGUACCAGUCUGAGUUGUGUGAGGCGAGCAAGCGCGGCCGUCUCGUCGCAUCGGAACCACUCUUCGUCGGCGUGGGGAUCGAGCUGGCGUACUGGUUCGACUAUGGGAUGUCUUUCACGGAAGGAUCGAUCGCGUGGCGUUUACCGAUUGCAUGCCAGGUCAUCUUCGCAAUUAUCGUCAUUGUGCUUGUUUUCGGCCUUCCGGAAUCCCCCAGAUACCUGUAUGCGCAUGGUCGCCACGAAGAAGCGCUCCAGAUACUUUGCGAUGUCUACGAUGGUACGCCUGAUGAUCCGAAGAUUGAGAAGGAGAACAGAGAAGUGCUCGAGGCUCUACAGGUCGAGCGAGAGCAUGGAGAGUACAAGUGGUCACAACUACUCAAGAAAGAUCGCGUGCAGACCGGACGUCGUGUAUUGCUUGCCUACGGCGCGCAGUUCAUGAACCAGAUGGGUGGCAUCAAUCUGGUUGUCUACUACAUCACCUCAGUCCUAGAAGACAACGUCGGCCUCGACAGAAACCUCUCCUUACUCAUGGGAGGCGUCAUCAACCUCAUGUUCCCCAUCGGCUCUCUCGUCCCAACCUUCACAUUGGACCGCACCGGGCGCCGUAAGCCCAUGAUGUGGGGUUCUUUGGGGCUCGGAUUGUCCAUGAUGAUGAUAGCCAUCCUCUUGAGCUUCCGAUCAGAAGGGGGUGACGUGGCGCAAGCCACUGCGUCUGCUAGUGUCGCUUUCUUCUUCACUUACAUGUUGGCGUUUGGUAUGACGAUGAACUGCAUUCCAUGGGUGUAUGUACCCGAAAUCCUCCCACUGCACGUGCGAGCGAAAGGUACAGCUGUCGGUAUCUCGGCGAAUUGGAUCUGGAACUUUUUCGUUGUUAUGAUUACGCCUACGCUUCUCGACAGCUUGGCGUGGAAGGGUUACCUGAUCUUCAUGGCGCUCAACUUUGCCUUCAUACCGCUGAUUUACUUCUGCUAUCCCGAGACAGCCAAUCUGACACUGGAAGAAGUCGAUUGGCUGUUCUACGAGGGCAACGUCGUAAAGCGAAGCCGACGUGUUGCGAAGGAGGGAUGGGAACAGGCGGUUGGCACCGAUCCCGCGAUUAUUAUAGAGACGGGUAGUGUGUCCAGCGGUAAUAAAGCCGGACAUACGGCAGAGAAGACGGAGCAUGCGAACCACUAGUCUUCAACAUGGGUAUCGCAGCCUUACUGCCAGUAGUCAUACCUACCUGUGAUUAGUCCAAUGGACCAAUAACCGUGACAAGCGGCUACUGUGACUGCGAAGAAGCGACUGGAGACAAACAAACGAGAAAGUGAAGCUGGAACCAAGGAAAGGUGAUAUAGUCUAUAUGCUGUUCGAACCUACAUAUCGUACAAGGCGGUGACGUAUACUACAAUGACUUCUCGGCAACCUUGGCAGCCUCGAGUCGUGACCUCAUAUGAGGAGCAGUGAGGGGUCCUGAGCUCUGCGGCUU